UUCGUCGUCGCUUUGCGCGCUAUUUGUGAUAUUAUUCUUGUUGUUGGAUCGGUAUUGAAUGUUUAAACGUUAAACGAAAUGGUGUAAAAAUGUCGAUUUACGAUAAUACAGGGAAAAACUUAGAUGGAAUGCGGCCAUUGAAUGCGCCAGCUGUCAAGUAUCAAAAUACAUUAUUAUUCAAUAUUAAGUCGCCCAAGAGCAGUUCAAAGUUUGGCAAAUUCGACAAUUUGAAAACGGAAAUAGAAACUAUCGGAAUGUCGGAACCAGUAUCAUUUUCUGCUAAUUCGUUUAAUCCAAAGACUGACAGUUUACACGCAUCCAUGAGACCGAUCAUUAUGUUGGCCCAAUUCUUUUCUUUAUUCCCUGUGUCGGGGGUUAAUAGUCCCGAUGCGUCGUAUCUUAGAUUCACUUGGCGCAGCCCGAAAUUUAUAUAUUGCACGAUAUCAUUUCUGAGUUCAUCGAUAAUGACCAUUUUUAAUGUUUUAAGAAUUGUUACAACUGGGAUAAGUUCAAUAAAAAUGACAACAUUUGUUUUCAAUGGAACGAAUUUGAUCGCAUCUUUCUUGUUCUUAAAAUUGGCUAUGCGAUGGCCCUGCUUGAUGGUAACUUGGGAAAAGCUUGAGAAAGAGCUUUCACAGAGACAUAGAAAAAUUUCCAAAAUCAGUCUGUCCAUGAAAUUCAAAAUCGUGACCAUAGUGGUAAUGACAUUUGCGUUAGUUGAGCACAGUUUAUCGAUAAUCCACGGUUACUUCAAAGCGAAAGAAUGCAUUGAAUUUCAUGGAGAGCAGAGUAUUCUUGCUGUGUAUUUCCAGAUGCAAUUUCCACAGAUAUUUUCUAGAACUUCAUACAGUUUAUGGAAGGGAAUAUUGGUAGAUAUCAUUAAUAUCCUCAGUACAUUUUCAUGGAAUUUUGUGGAUUUGUUUCUCAUUCUUAUCAGCAUCGCUCUAACGGAUCAAUUUCGACAAUUAAAUAGCCGCUUGUAUUCUAUAAGAGGAAAGUAUCAUUUCAUUGUUAAGGCAAUGCCGGAAUGGUGGUGGGCCGAGGCAAGGAGUGACUACAACCAUUUGGCAACCUUAACGAGACAACUGGACUCCCAUAUUUCCAUUAUGGUUCUCCUAUCUUUCGCCACGGACUUAUAUUUCAUCUGCAUACAACUACUUUUCUCUUUCAACCCGAUGCGAGGUAUUAUCGAGAAAAUCUAUUUUGGAUUCUCCUUUGGAUUCCUUUUGGCUAGAACAACAGUAGUUUCACUGUGUGCUGCGACGAUUCACGAUGAAUCUUUACUUCCGGCACCGAUUCUCUAUAGUGUUUCCAGUAGCAGUUUCUCCACAGAAGUAAUGAGAUUUCUAUCACAAGUAACGACAGAUAACAUCUGUUUGACCGGUAUGAAAUUCUUUUCAGUGACCAGAAGUCUCGUAUUGACUGUAGCAGGAACCAUAGUUACAUACGAAUUAGUUCUAGUCCAGUUUAAUACUACUCAGCAAACUGAUGCAUCGAACACUACAAUCGUAUGCGAGUUGGUCUCGUUGGACUCUCUAUCCUCUUAACAUCCUUAUGAGGAAAAAAAUAAUAUCUUUCUUUCUCCACUUAGUGUUAUAUAUAUAACAACAGAUUUUAUAUAUUUUAAUUAGAUACUUGAAGAUA